UCCAAGAAAUCGACUUCCGUUAAAAAAAAUCGGAUCUUGUUUUGUUCCCAGAAAUCGUUUUUCAAGAAAUUAAUGAUGGUUGAAAGAAAAUUACCGACCAAGCUUAGGAGAUCUCAGGUAAAACCAAGCAGUACAAAUGUGUGUGGAAAUUAUGCUACCUAGCCCGACAGUGAAUCGGGCGCAUUGGGAUAAAUCAACAGUCGUUGGCCCGGUGUUGGAUACUUUGCGACAGAGUGGAUUUUACUGGAGAGGAAUCACCAAGGAGCAAGCAGAUAUCAUUCUGCGUAGUUGUGAUAUGGGUGCAUUCAUUAUACGCGACAGUUCGAGUCCAAACUUCUUGUUUACGUUGAGCGUAAGGACAGUGUUCGGAGUUACGAAUAUUCGGAUAGCAAUGGACAGGGGAAGGUUUUCUUUGGAGUCGAUCGACAACGAGAACUCUGAAGGACCAAGCUUCAAAUGCGUUGUACAUUUGAUUUAUUAUUACGUGAAAAAUUCAAGACAUUCGGAGAGACAUUUGGAGGAUAAUUAUUUAAGGAGAGAACCCACAAAAUACAAGCUAUUCCUGGGUCGGCCUAUUUACGGUGCAGUUUCAAGCCUUCAACACUUGUGUAGAAGAAGUAUACACAAACAAAUGAGACCUAAUGGAGUCUACGCCCUUCCGAUUCCAGCUAAAUUGAAAAUUUACAUAUCAAAUUACCAAUAUCCCAUUUGAGUACCUAAUAUUUAAAGUUUUACGAAUUUCGCUUGUACAGACUUAACCGCUUCCCUAGUGGGCAACACUGUGUACAAAGAAUUACUUCCUGACUAUUGUAUGUAUUUAUUCAAUAUAUGGUACAAAAUAAAGAAAAACCUUAAUCG